AACAGGAUCACGCCGGCCCGGGCAGCGGGUUCCGCCUAAACUACAAAUCAGACUCCUCAGACGACGCGGACGAACGUCACCACGACCGCAGACACACCCACAAACACUCCUCUGGCCACGUUUCCAGACACGCCUCCAGACAAGCCUCCAGACACGAAUCAAGACUCGAAUCAAGACACGAAUCAAGACUCAUGUCCAGCCGAGCGUCGAGCAGUAGCAGCGACCGUGGCAGCGGCGGCGGCGGCGGCGGCAGUGGCUCCGCCCCCUCUUCCUCUGGCGGCCAAUCAGCGUCGUCGUCAUCGUCAUCGUCGUCGUCGUCGUCAUCGGCCACGAGCGAGGAGAGCGCGUCGAGCGAGGGUUUGGUGCCGGUGACGUGCGAGUGGUCGCUGGGCGAGGCGGUGGAGCUGGUGUGUAGUCACCCCGUGCUGGGCACACUGAGGGCGAGGCACCCGCUCGCCGUAACGCUGGCUGAUGAUUG